GGUUGGCUUCACCAUGACAGACUCCAUUGAUACGAUUACCGAAGUGGAAAGCAUCGAACAUGACUCCCAGGGAAAAGAGCCUUUUCGAAGGUUCCAACGACACACUGAGGGGCAACAUCAUAAUGAGGAUCGGCGGAUAAUGAGUGAACAAGAUGCUCAAGUUCAAAAGCGCUUGACAUCUUCCUCCGAACGUAUACUGUCAGCCUGUGCUGGAGCGCUUAUGACCUCGCUUCUCGUCACUCCAUUGGAUGUGGUCAAAACUAGACUUCAAAGUCAAGAGAAAUGUGCCACAGGAUCUAUACAUUUUCACCAUAGAUCAGCCGAGAUAGGCAGUAAACAGUUAAAUGGAACGCUGGACGGUCUCUAUAAGAUUAUGCGGUAUGAAGGGGUUCCGUCAUUAUGGAGGGGGUUAUCACCGGCUUUGGCUAUGUCAAUCCCAGCUACAAUUAUAUAUUUUGUCGGAUACGAUGCGGUAAGAGAUACUACCCGUCAGCAGGUUGGAGAAGACUCUUUUCUCUAUCAAUACUCGCCACUCUGGGCAGGAGGCGUUGCACGUACGUUUGCUGCAUUCUUUAUAUCCCCUAUAGAGCUAUUCCGAACCCGCAUGCAAUCAGUGGAAGGUGUGAAAGGCUUUCGGUCUGUCUUCAACGGUGUGCAGGCUAUGGUCCAACAACAUGGCCCUCGAUCUUUAUGGAGAGGCUUGGUUCCAACCAUGUGGCGAGAUGUACCAUUUUCCGCGUUGUACUGGAUGAGUUAUGAGAAGUCAAGAUCUAUAUUGUCUGCGAAUGCGGCUCUGCACCAAGGAGCUAGCCCAGAGGAUGCAUGGAGAGAAUUUAAGCUAUCGUUUGCAUCUGGAGCGAUAUCUGGCAUGGUUGCAGCUAUCUUGACCACACCAUUCGACGUUGUCAAGACGCGCCUUCAAGUCAGUAGUCGAGAAGAGAGGCGCAUGCUUUUCUCCAUAAAGGAAAUCUAUCAUCUUGAAGGCAUACGGGGACUCUUCAGAGGAUGCAUUCCUCGGUUAGCCAAAAUUGCCCCCUCAUGCGCUAUCAUGAUCAGCAGCUAUGAAGUUGGCAAAACAUUCUUUGCACGCAAACGCGCGGAAGAAUUGCAAAACACACUUACCAUCCAACAGACAUAAUACCAAAAAUGUAUCAUAAUUAUUCACGCUUGAGCGCAAGACUGGCGGGUUUUUGUUCGUGUGCACGCUACAUAUACAAAUUUAUCAGUUGACAUUCCCCUUCAACAUACAUUGACGCCGUUUUGUUAAUGUUAUUGAAAUAGAGCAUUUAAAAAAAAGAGUAAAACGUAUGGAAAAAGAAAGGCGGAUGGUGGGGAGAGACGGGAAAAGGUUCACAAAACACAAAAGAAAACAUUGAUGAAAAAAAACACAAGCUGAUACAAACGAGAUGUGUAAUUAAAAAAAAGUUGAGCUACUUGAUAUUCUUCUUGUUCA